GUUCCUCCAGUAGUUGUUCGCCAACCGAACGUCUCACGUUUAUCAGAGUUCGGUGAGCACUUGAUACGCGAAGAUCGAUCGAUCGAUUUGUCAUCGAGAAAUCGGUAGAAGCCGAUCUUCCGAUAUUAUUUCGCUAAACCGCAUUCCCGCGAUUUUUUUUUUCAUACUUCACACUCUGCGAUUCCUCUUUUUUUAACAAAAAACUUAUUCUCUUUAGGAUAAAUACAGAAUGCUCAACAAUUUUUGACAUUUUUCAAGUGACAGGUGGCUGAGAAAUUCUCAGAGGAUGUGUUAAUGUGUCGCACUUAAUUUAUCGAUUUUUUUUUCUUUUCACCUCUGGAUGAAAGAGAACCUUGGAAUUCUUCUCAAUGUUUCCAGAGUGAAUAAUCCUAUUGAUGCGAGAUAAUUUAGGAUAAAUCUCCGGCCGUUUGGAAUUAAUCUUCACUGCUUCAAGAAAUAAAAAAAACAAUGCAUUGCGAACCUCGAAGUAAAUCCGUUAAGAAACCCUCAGGAUCGCCGACUGGGUGAUAAAAAUUCCCAGUGAUUUUUGAAAUGGAGUGGGAUAUGGUGGAAAAAAUAGUGAGUAAUUGAAAUUCGUAGCAAAGUGGUAAAAAAAGAAAUCGAUCAAGUGUUUUGAUUGAUCAAGUGAUUAGGGGAUCUAGUCGAUGCAGAGAUGUCUCUCGCCAACUUCAGUCUUCCAUUUCAACUGGCAACACCUGCCCCCUACAUGUACCCUCCCCCGACUCAGCAAACACCAGUCAAUCACUUGGGCCUGAAUGGAGUGCCUCCAGGUGAUAAUUUUAGAGGAGAGAGACGUUAUCAGAAUGAGCCCUACAUCCCUCCAGCUGCUUAUCAUCAGCAGGAUCAGCAGGACCACCUGAGACAGUACUACAAACAGGCACCCCAGCAGCAGUUCAGGGGUCAGGUGCACCAUCAGGUCGAGAGCUCCCAGGACGACGGGUACAGCUUUCGUCAAGAUUUCAGACAGACUCAAACAGCAUCCGCCAGGCAUCAGCCGAGGGCGAUGCCUCACCCGGAAGUGAGACCUCCACCUGUCAAAGGACCUGUUAGGGAGACCUCCAGGGUGCCACAGGAACAUCCUGCUGGACCGCGAGGACAAGAAGUUUAUCCUGAACGACCUGAUGGAUUUAUACGAGUGAAUGGCGGCGCCUACGCGGGUCCAGGUGCCAAAACAUCGGUGCACGCGAUAUUGGAUUACGACGAGGACGAGGACGACGAGACCGACGUGGAGGACUACUACGACGAAAAUAUCCCCAACAAUGCACGUGUCACCCCCAUCCAAGGGCCUAUUUACCUGAAAAAUGGAUCGGUACCUGUCGUCCCCCUCUACUCAUACCCUCAACUCAACAACGGAACCUUUCUGCAGAUUCCGAUUUUAUGGACUGCAUUAUCUGUCGCCCUCGGUGUAGAAUUGAGGGGAGAUCUUGUGAGAGGUACUCCAUGCAUCAAGAAAUAUCAUCAGCUGUUCUGCCCCACUGCUGGCAACACAUACCCCAUGUGA